UGGCCAAAGCUUCCGUUGCACUAUAUACGGCCAGAAUCUUCGCUUUAAAGGUGCAGAUUGAAUAUCUCAGAGUAAUGAGAGACAACGAAGCCAAAAAGAUAUAAAGUUGCAUAUUGCAUGCACGGUUUAUGGCUGAUUCAUCUACACCUCCACCAUCACAAAGUAAGGAACAAAGUCAACCGUCUACCCAACCCAAGUGUAGACAUGCUACUAGGCUCAAAGACUUGACUAUUAGUCGUAGUGCUGAUAAACGAUUGCCCAUUCAAUUUGAUAUGAGUACAGGAAAAGUUUUUGGAGACAACCGUGCAAGAUUCACUAGCUUUGUGGCCUUACUUGGUAGAAGUAAGGCUAGUAUUCUUAUUGACGAUUGGGACCAUGUUCCUGAACAAGUGAAGAAUCAAAUAUGGGAAACUAUCAUGCUAACAUAUGAUGUCCCAAACACCAUCUUGUUGAGAACUAAAUGGAUAUCAUAUGUUGGGCAACGGUGAAGGUGUUUCAAGAGUGACCUUACUAGCCGGUACAUUUAUGGUAAGUUAAGUCACAAGAAUCCUUGUGACAUUUAUCAGUUCCUUGAUGAGGAAACUUGGCAGGCUUUUCGAGAAAAACGAUUACACC